CUCAGGUGUCAGGGUUGAGGAUUACGGCACUUCUGGAGCAGAUACAGGUGUUGCCGAGGCUUGAUGGAGGAUUAGCUGCUUUAAUAGCUUGUCGCCAGCUGCCUGCGGAGCCGCCGACGCCUCACUCGUGGCUCAAGCUGCGGAUGCGUUGACACUUGGCACAGCAGGAUUAAAGAUAAAAGGCAAAGGCAACGUAAUUGGACUGGAAGGGGAGGAACAAGGGCUGGAAGACAUCAGAGAAAGUUAGAUUGUGAUCAGCCUUUUAUCCAGGUUAGGAUGUAAGGUCGAGUGUUCGUCAUUGGACGUGUCCAGUCAUUCAGCAGCACAAAAUCCAAUCAGUCCCUGGGAAGAUAUUGACUCCUCUGCCCAGAUAAGAUAGUCUGUUGUGUCAUCACUCAUCUCAAGAGGUCAUUGAUGUAAUUGUAAACGGGCAUCCAGGUUGAGCCUCAAGCGCUCGUUGGUCUGAAGGAGUUUUCAUCCCAUCUGACAACAAAUCAGAUCAAUAUGAUGAUUCCCCCCCCACCCCUCCCGCAGUCCAUUGCAAUUUUCUGUGUUCAAAAAGAGGUUGGGCGUCUUAGUUUAGUUUUGGAGAACCAUCCUGCGUUUGCAUUCAUCGUGUGUCAGUGAAGAUUGUGGCCAGGAAAAUAGUACGUAGUGGUCAGUCUCAGAUGAAUUCUUCACUGGUUGAGUUUUCUUAGCGGGCACAUAAGGAAUAUUUCCUCCUGAAUUGGAGGAACAAAGAAAGUGGAGGGGGAAAACAAAGCACAUGUUCACUCACCAGCCAAGCACACUCCGAACAACAACUCCAUCAGACUUGAGACGUGCAUGCCGGGGAAGCGCUGCGAAACAGAACUGAUGCAGCUUCCUUGACAGCAAGUCAAGUUUCCUUCUUCAAGUGGGAGACGGCACAGCUGGGGGGGGGGGUCGGGAAACCAACCUUUGGCGUGUUGUUUUCCAACUACAAAAACAACACGCAAAAAGAGCACAGCAAGCUUACUGCCGGAUCUGUUUUGUCAAGACAACAAUCGGAAUCUAUGUCUCUGAAAUAAGCUCAAGCUUAAAAAAGCAAACAACCCCCCCCCCCCCCAAGAUUCCACACAUGGCCGAUUUGAAUGAGUGAUGUUUUUUUGCCCUAGAAAAAAUCUUCUCCACGUAAGAGUGUCGAGCAAAGAUUAGCUUGGAAAACUGCCCCCCCUGACAGGGUUGUCGGACUGCGUGGAAGAAGAGGUGUGUUCCAUACCACAACCCUGCAAGCGAGGGUGGGGUCCUCCCUCUACCACAGACAAAGGCCUCGACAGGUCGCUCCUGUGCGGUCCAGCCACGUGUCAGACGUCACGAUGGGAUGCAACAUGUGUGUGGUCCAAAAACCCGAAGAACAAUUCAGGGUCAUGUUUCAGUUGAACAGAAAAGAGUUGUCCCGCCUGUCUGGCGAUCCCACUCUGGACAUGAGGGACCCCGCGCUGUCCAACGUAGUACGGGGGCGGCGGGCCCGCAGACGCGCAGGCUCCACAGGGCCCCCCUCUAGCAUCGCACCGCUGACCAUGGGGAUGGCCGACUGCGUGGACAGCUGCACCCAAACGGACAUCAGCUUCCAACAUAUGUUGACCGCGGGCAAGAGCAGGCAGUCUCCGCCCAACCCUCCACCUUCGCCGCCUCUGCCAACACUCCUGGAGCCUUAUCUACUCAAUGAGCUUUUCCUAGAGCCCGUGUACUAUGACCCCUCCGACUACUUUGACGUCUCUCAGCAUGACGUUGACAGGCAGGAUCAGCUGGAAUACGAGGAGGUGGAACUGUACAAAUCCCGUCAUCAGGAUAAACUCGGGCUGACCGUGUGUUACAGAACCGACGACGAGGAGGACCUCGGGAUCUACGUCGGCGAGGUGAACCCCAAUAGCAUUGCUGCACUGGAUGGCCGCAUCCGCAAGGGGGACAGAAUAUUGCAGAUCAAUGGAGUGGACAUCCAGGACAGAGAGGAGGCGGUCGCUCUUCUGACCAGAGAAGACAGCACUAAUUUCUCCUUGCUCCUUGCACGUCCCGAGGUAGAGAAUGACAUCCAAGUGGUUCCAGACAAAGCGCAUCAGGAGCCAGGGGACAACGCCACCCACCUGCCGGCUAGUCACAGAAGCAGCACCGGCACCCGGGAGGCCUCCGCCCCGGGGGCCGUAGCCUCCGGGUGCCACGAUCGCUUACAGAACCGGGAUUCGCCCGAUUUGCUGCAGACUGUCCUGAGCAACAGCCAGGAGUUGGACAGCGGAGUGGGCCGCACGGACGAAAGCACCCGUUACGAAGAGUCUUCGGAACAUGACCUCCUAGGAGACGACCACACCAGCGCCUCCAAUACGAACGCCACAAACACACCCGGAAGCAUGCGCAAGUUUUCGUCCCCCCGCAGCGACACGCCACCGCUCCUGUACCACCGCGACCUCCAGUUUAGCACUGACUCGCUCUUGGGCCUGGACUGCAUCGGCGGCGGCGCUCCGGAGGCUCUGGAAGGCAGUGACAGGGCCUACACGGGUGACCCGGUGAGGAUGAUGAUGCCCGGGCUGACUGAGGAAGAGUGCGAGAGGUACAAGGAGCUGCUCGAGAUCAAGUGCUACUACGCGAGGAGCGACGGCUGCGAGGGAGGAGGCGUCUCGCUGGACGAGAACAAGAACGAGAGCUUGACAAGGCACGAGAUGGUGCUUCUGGAGGAGGAAUUGCGGCACCUGGAGUUCAAGUGUCGAAACAUCCUGCGGGCACAGAAGAUGCAGCAGCUGAGGGAGCGCUGCCUCAAAGCUUGGCCUCUUGAGGAGAAGGCGGCCGGCUGGUGCUCGCUCGGCGACGAGUCUCGCCACCAGGCUCUGUCCGACAUCAAUGAGCUUCCCGAGAGGGAGCGCUCCGACAAGGACAGCACCAGCGCCUACAACACUGGAGGGGAAAGCUGCAUGAGCACCCCGAUGGUCAAUGACAAGCGGCCUUGUCCUUGCGCAGCCAGUCCCCAAAGUGGAGAACCUCGACAGGAGAAGAGUGUCGCCUCCAGACAGAGAGAGAGGACGACACGAAACGAAGGAGGGGCCUGGGUCCAGGAGAACCUCAACCAAGCCAGGAGAGGAGCCAACCCAGGCGCCCGGAGGGCCUCCGACGGAUGGCUGAGACGUAACUGCAAAGCUAACCUUCCGAGCGCAAGGUCCGGGGGCCGCAGCGCCGAGAACAGUCCUUAUAUGUCUCGCCGUCGUGCCGACACAACGCUGCCUCAGCGCUACGUGAGCUGCGGGCAGCUGGGGUCGCCGUCGGCCUCCGAAGCCCCCGGGGAAGGCGGCGCGGACCCCCGAGGAGGAGACGUCAGCCCCAUGAGUCUGGGCAGCGCUUGCAAAGACGCGGGCCCGAGUGGAGCCGCCGGGCCUUUGUCUCCGCGCAUGGAGUGGAAAGUGAAGAUCCGGAGCGACGGUUCACGCUACGUGGCCAAGAGGCCCGUGAGGGACCGACUCCUGAAGGCGCGGGCCAUGAAGAUCCGAGAAGAACGCAGCGGCAUGACCACGGAUGACGACGCGGUGAGCGAGAUGAAGAUGGGCCGCUACUGGAGCAAAGAGGAGCGCAAGCAGCAGCUGCAAAAGGCGCGAGAGCAGCGACGGCGGCGCGAGAUAAUGAUGCAGAGCCGCCACGACUUCCUGAGGGAGCGGGAGCAGGGCUCCGAUGUCUUCGGCGAGUCCGGGGAUGGCGCCGGAGCGCACCAGCAGGAAGCCACCUCCAUCUUGGAGCUGUGCCACCGCAGAAGUAUGAAGAAGCGCAGCCGCAGGAUUCUGGACAACUGGAUUACCAUUCAAGAACUGCUGACCCACGGGGCGCGUUCUGCCGACGGAACCAAAGUUUACAACCCGCUGCUGUCUGUCACCACGGUCUGAGCGGGACAAAGUGUUGGAUGAGGACCUGUCCCUUUACACUGCACUGGCGCUAACUGCAGGUGGCAAAAGGACUCGCAAGAUUUAAAAUGAAAGUUAGGGGGGUACUGGGCUUUUGGGUGAAAUUUCAAGGUGAGCCUAAAAUGCUUAAUUUGACUUUCUAUCACCUCGUGAUGCACUUGUUCAACGUUACAGCUCUUAUAGCAAAACCCGCUCUGUUCAACAACAAGGAGCUGACAGGAAAAUUGACGCGAGGAGUUUGAGCCAUUUCAAAGCACUUAUUGCCUUUCUGUGACCCAGGCCAGUCUUUUGGUGUCAGGAUGUCUAAAAGCAAAGAGCAUGAUGAAGAGGACUAUUUCAAUACCAAUCCUAACUCAAGCAGCAAGUGAAUGAGCCCACAUAAGGAGCCAACAGCUGUUGUGAAUUUGGCCUUUCACCUCCUUGUUGUAAAACAGCAAUUUAUGGAAGAAGGAAUGAAACUUAAAGAGUUGGACAUGUGCAUUCAGAGGUUUGGAGAUUUCAUUUCCAUCUUUUAGCUUUGACUUUCACCCAAAAGCGAAAUACAGCAUCUAUGUUUUUAUUGGUAGCAUAAAAUAGAGCAGAAAAAAAAUUCCUGUUAGCGGGGGGGGGGGGACUUGACCAUCUUUUUUUCAUGCAAAUAAGCCUUUGAUCAGAUCAAGUGUGAAUAAGUGGGCGUUCCAGGGAAAAAGUAGAAGCGUCAAUUUUAAUCCUGCAAGUAAAAAUAGGAUACGAGUGGAAAUGCACUUACAGUAAGUACAAAAGUGUAAAACAGAAAUCCUUUUUUUUUUCAAAAUGGCACAAGAGCAGAAUUUCUGCACACAAAAUCAUUCCCCCCUUUUUUUAAUUUGAGUGGUUACGCAAAGAUGAAAGAAAGAUCAUGCCACAUGUCACAUUUUAAGAGCUAGCUAGUUGGCCUGACUUUUGCUUUCAAAACAUCAUGUGCCCAUACCUCUGCACACCACUACCGUGAACUUUAAAAACAACAAACAAAAGCAAGUUUCUUUCAGAUAGAAUUUUGAAACACUUUUGUAAUUUGUGUGUGUGUUAGAUUGCACACAGCACAUUUGCCGCAAAUAAGUUUUAAUUGCAAAUUCUUUGAAAUCAGGCCACUGAUGGGGAACAUUCUGCUUCUCUGCCAUUGUUAAUGCUCACCGCUUUGCGUUCAUGUCCGCUUUUCCUGCUUCGUGAGUUCAAAGAUCCCAAUCAAUCAAGAUCUCCGCUGCAGUUUAUUUUUACCAUUGUCAUCUUUCAUAAUGUUUUGAAAAAUGAGCCAAUUUUGAGAAAGUGAGGGGUGCAAAGCACACUUAUGUUUUCAGAUGUCAGGAGAAAAAAUAUAUAGUCAUGAGAAAAUGUGAAAGAACUGAUAUCUGGAAAAGAAAUGCAAUCAUAAAUGAGUUGUCCUUUGUAAUUUGCCACCACUGGCACCAACUCAGUGUGAAUAGGGUUACAAGAUAAUAAUAAAAAUAAAUAAAUAAAUCUGCAAUCCAUACAAUGGUGCAUAAAGAGUGAGGACAAAAAGAACAGCAAUCUGUCUUAAGGGGUUAUUAUCUAAGGACUUUGCCUUAUUCAAUGCAGGAAAACAGUUUGGCACAACUGAAAUAUUCUGUAUCCUGACUUUGUUUUUUGUGGCUGCAUUUACACAAUAAUGUUGACUAAUCUGUCAUCAAGCUGCUUCUGAGAAUUAAUUCAAGAAAAGUACACCAGCUGAAUUGAUGGACUGCAUUGCAAAGGUCGUGGGAAAAGAGUAUUUAUUGGCCAUAAAACAUGAUAUGCACAACAAUGAAAAAGGGGUGUGGCAUGAUUGAAAGAAAAUGCGCCAGGGGCUUCGAUAAUAAAACAAAUGAAAAAAUAGGAGGGGAUUGCGCCAUCUGCUGUUUAGCCAGGUGACAAAAAGAUGACUCAGAAAAAGCUCAUGUCUGCCAGCAGAGGUGAGCUGUCUCGAAAUCUGCCUGUUUUGACCUCAAGGUGUGUAUGUGGGUUUUUUUAGCCAGACUUGAAAGGGAGCACAAAUUUGAACAUAAUGGCACAACAGCAUACAGCAAAAACACUCUUGGAUAUAUUUUUCAAAGCACCCUUUGGCUAUGGACACAGCUUUUAGAAAAACCUUUUUGUCAGUUGUUGAGUUGUAGCAUUUUCCUUCCCCGUGCUUGAAGGGGCUGCUCUUGUGUGGAAAACAAGCUCAUUUGACAUACCGGUAUUUGUUUUUCCAUGCAAGUUUGAUAUUGAGACCACCUUUUUAUAUUUGAAUAGUGUGACUGUGUGUGAUCGUGCUAGCCGGUAGUUCCUUGCUCAAUGUUGUGCCGUCCACUUGGUGUGAUUUUUCUAAAUAAACGCCAUGUUCAUCAA